CACAUCCAUUUAUCUUUACUCCUGGGAGUCUUUUGGACACAUAACCUAGUACCUGUGUUUACCCAACCUACUGCUCUGUAGACAGUUUUCCCAUUGCCUCAGUUAAGGACUUCCACUCCAGAAUCUGCAGCUAAAUGAGUGGUCCCCUCUAAUUUUUCAACAUCUGCUGCGAAAUUUGGAUGUCAGAACUGGACACAGGCUGCAGGAACAGCAGUGCUCAACACAAAGAUCAUGAUUUUGGAAGGAACUGGCAGAAUGAGUAUCAAUUCCAGCAGCAAUUUACUCCACCAGCAGCCUUCCUGGACAGAUGGAUAUUCCACGUGCAAUGUGUCCAGCAGCUUCUAUGGAACCCAGUGGCAUGAAAUACACCCGCAGUAUUGGACUAAGUUUCAAGUCUGGGAGUGGCUGCAACAUCUCCUUGAUACCAACCAACUGGAUGCCAACUGCAUACCCUUCCAGGAGUUUGAUAUCAACGGGGAACAUCUGUGUAGUAUGAGCCUGCAGGAAUUCACUCAGGCAGCUGGGACAGCAGGGCAACUGCUUUACAGCAACCUUCAGCACCUAAAAUGGAAUGGCCAGUGUGGAAGUGACAUGUACCAAUCUCAUAACGUCAUUGUGAAGACAGAGCAAACAGAUCCAUCAUUAAUGGUGUCCUGGAAAGAAGAUAAUUACCUGUAUGACAGUGGCUAUGGUAGCACAGUAGAGCUAUUGGAUAGUAAAACAUUCUGUCGUGCUCAGAUUUCCAUGAUUAAUCACCAGCCUCCUGAUUCUUCAGAUGUGAAAAAAUUGCAAGAUCAUACACCAAAGUCCCACACCAAGAAGCACAACCCUCGAGGAACUCAUCUUUGGGAAUUUAUUCGAGAUAUUCUUCUCAAUCCUGAGAAAAACCCAGGAUUAAUCAAGUGGGAAGACCGGUCAGAAGGUGUCUUCAGAUUUUUAAAAUCUGAAGCUGUGGCUCAGCUCUGGGGAAAGAAGAAAAACAACAGCAGCAUGACUUACGAGAAACUCAGCCGGGCUAUGAGAUACUAUUAUAAAAGAGAAAUCCUGGAACGUGUGGAUGGUCGGAGAUUAGUAUAUAAAUUUGGAAAGAAUGCCCGUGGAUGGAGAGAAAAUGAGAAUUAACUAUGUCAAGAAAUAACAUUUAAAACACCUGGCUGUAGAUAUUCAAAGACUAUUUUCUUAUAUUUAUGUACCAAACUGGGGUGAAAAAACAAUUCUACUUCUGUCGGGAAGAAGGAACAUUAUCAUUAUUGGUGUUAAAAUCAUUUUAUUUGAAGUAUGUCCUGUAUGGGGAGAAAAUGUACACAGUUUUCUGUGAUAUAACAUUAUAGAAUGACGAUUAUUUUUC